AUUGUGGGACUUCCACUGAUCAUCAUGAGUCGAUAUUUCUCUGCUCUUCCCUUUCUUAUCUGCGUUCAGCUGUCAUUCCACCUUACAGCAUGCAAACAGUUCUUUGUUUUGAUGGCUCCCAAUAUCCUGCACGCUGGCAAUGAAGAGGCAAUUGUUAUCCAAGGCCAUGAAUGUAAAACACAUCAAGCAGUGGAGAUCUUUGUCAAAACAUUUCAAGAUAAGCAGAUGUACAAGACUGUUACUUAUUUAAAUGAAUCCAACAAUUUCCUGGCUACAGCAUAUAUCAACAUUCCCCCAAGUUUUCUCACUUCGGACGUUAAUGAGAAGCAAUAUGCCAUUGUGGAGGCCAAAUUGAAAAACAUAAACCUAAAAAAGGUUAUCCUUCUUUCUCCAGACAUAGGAUAUAUUUUUAUCCAGACAGCCAAAACAAUCUAUACACCAAACCAAAAUGUCGAUUACAGGAUUUUUUCAACUGAUAAGAACAUGGAUCCAAUUGAACAAAGAGUUGAAAUCAUGUUAGAGAUGUAA